AUUUUCUUAAUCUAUCAUCGAAAAAAAUAUGGAAGUUAUGGUUCCCUACCUAUUAGCUCUACUACUCCUCCCUCUCACUUUAAUCUUCAUCCUCCGUAAACGCGAUUCGAGUAGUAAAACCCUUCCACCAGGAACUUCUGGAUGGCCAUUGUUAGGAGAAAACAUGGAGUUUGCUCUUUUAGGCCCUCAGAAAUUCAUCAAAGAUAGGAUGGAGAAGUACUCACCCGAAGUGUUUCAAACAUCAAUCAUGGGAGAGAAAAUGGCAUUCUUUUGUGGUGCACAAGGGAACAAGUUCUUGUUCUCAAGUGAGAACAAACUUCUCACCUCAUGGUGGCCACAAUCGAUGAAAAAGGCGUUGCUUUUCCCUGAGUUCGUGGAGAGUUCAUUGAAAGAAGUAUCGGCUUUAAAACGUAGUUUUCUUCAUGACAUUCUUAAGCCUGAGGCUCUAAAACAAUACAUUCCACUUAUGGAUGCUAUGGCUCGCGAACAUUUAGAUGAAAAUUGGGAUUCUAAUAGAGUAGUCAAAGCUUUCCCUUUAUCGAAAAAGUACACAUUUGAUUUAGCAUGUCGAUUGUUCAUGAGUCUCGUUGAUCCUGAAGAAAUAAAGAGAUUGGCUGAUCCUUUCACUCUUGUUACUAAUGGGAUGUUCUCAAUGCCUAUUGAUUUACCCGGAACAGCUUAUAAUCGCGCUAUCAAAGGGGGGAAAAUGGUGAGGGAUGAACUUAUGAGGAUCAUUACACAGAGGAGAAAGGAAUUAACAGAGAGUCAAGAGACAGCAGGCAGAGACUUGUUGUCGAAAAUGCUACUUGUUACUGAUGAAGACGGACAACUCAUGAGUGAAAUGGAGAUUUCCAACAAUAUAAUAGGAAUGCUAGUAGCAAGCUUUGAGACUACUAGUAGUGCAGUCACGAGUGUACUAAAGUACCUCGCUGAACUUCCCCACGUUUAUGAUGAAGUUUACAGAGAGCAAAUGGCAAUUGCAAAGUCAAAAGGAGCAGAGGAUUUGCUAACAUGGGAGGACAUUGAGAAGAUGAAGUAUUCAUGGAAUGCAGCUCGCGAAUCACUGAGACUAACUCCACCAGCUCAAGGAUCGUUUAGGGAAACAAUCACUGAUUUUACAUAUGCAGGUUUCACAAUUCCAAAAGGGUGGAAGACAUUUUGGUCAGUUCAUUCGACACAUAAGAAUCCAAAGUACUUCUCUGAUCCAGAAAAGUUCGAUCCUUCAAGGUUUGAAGGAAGUGGUCCUGCACCUUUUACAUUUGUACCAUUCGGAGGAGGACCGCGUAUGUGCCCUGGAAAAGAGUAUGCUAGAUUGGAAGUACUAGUGUUUAUGCACAAUGUAGUGAAAAGAUUUAAGCUUGAAAAGGACAUUCCUGAUGAGAAGAUUGUGUUCCAUGCUUCUCCUGUUCCAGUUUAUGGCCUUCCUGUUCGCCUUCUGCCUCAUGGAAAUUAACUUGAAAAUACUGUUGUUGUUUCAUUUGGUUUGAGAAAUAUUAAGAUUUGGUAAUCAUCAUCUAAUAUAAACCUGAAAUAAUUGUA